GGCUCUCACACAGAUUCCCAGCAGGAGCUGGCUCAGGAGCCUCCUGCUGUGUCUAGGAGGUGGGGGUGGGGGUUGCAGCUCCUCCCGGUCUCUCCUUGUUUGGGUCGGAAACACUGGGCUCGGGAUUUGCGGACAGUUCGCGGUUUGCCGCGGGACGGGACAGAGCGGAGAGCGGCCGCCGGGACCCAGCACCAUGACCGGGAGCAUCACAGAUACCAGUUUUCAGCCAAUUCGAUUCACUCCAGGUGAUAUCAAGAAACAGUCGGAGACACUGGACACUGCAAAGGCUAUGGGCCCUGACAACAUUCCGGCAACAGCACUGAAGACUUGUGCUGCAGAACUGUACUAUUCCCGUACAGUUACAACAAUGUAACAUGGCAGAUGCACUGGCCAGUGCCACAUGUGGGCGUUGCCACUCUCACUUUGACCCCUCGGAGCGCAUUGUCAACAGCAACGGGGAACUCUACCACGAGGAGUGCUUCGUCUGCGCCCAGUGCUUCCGGCAGUUUCCGGGAGGAGUCUUCUACGAGUUUGAAGGUCGGAAGUAUUGUGAACACGACUUCCAGAUGCUGUUUGCACCGUGUUGUGGGCAAUGUGGGGAGUUCAUUAUUGGCCGUGUCAUCAAAGCAAUGAAUAAUAAUUGGCACCCAGACUGUUUCUGCUGUGAGAUUUGCUCGAUCGCUCUGGCCGACCUGGGUUUUGUCAAGAAUGCGGGCAGGCAUCUCUGCAGACCCUGUCACAACCGAGAGAAGGCAAAACGCCUUGGCCAGUACAUCUGUCAGAAAUGCCACCUCAUCAUCGACGAAGUGCCACUCAUGUACAAGAGUGAUGCUUACCACGCUGAUCAUUUCAACUGUACCCACUGUGGGAAGGAGCUGACAGCUGAGGCUCGAGAGCUGAAGGGGGAGCUGUACUGUCUUCCAUGCCAUGACAAAAUGGGUAUUCCAAUCUGCGGAGCAUGCCGUCGGCCAAUUGAGGGGCGAGUGGUUAAUGCUCUGGGCAAGCAGUGGCAUGUUGAGCACUUUGUUUGUGCAAAAUGUGAGAAGCCAUUUCUGGGGCACCAUCAUUUUGAACGGAAAGGACUGGCCUAUUGUGAGAAACACUACAACCAGCUGUUUGGAGAUGUUUGCUAUCAUUGUAACCACGUGAUUGAGGGAGAUGUGGUCUCAGCUCUGAACAAGACCUGGUGCGUUCACUGCUUCACCUGUUCCACCUGCAACACCAAGCUCACCCUGAAGAAUAAGUUUGUGGAAUUUGAGAUGAAGCCUGUCUGUAAGAUGUGCUACAAGAAGUUCCCUUUGGAGCUGAAGAAACGACUGAAGAAGAUGUCUGAGAAGGCUGGUCACAAAUGAGGCCCUCGGUCUCAAGAUCCAGUUGAUUCUGCAUGAUCUCUUCUGUGCUCCAUAGCAAAUGAUCGGUUGCAGUGGAUGGGAGAGGCCAGCGGGAGGCAGAUGGAUGAUUAACUGAAACUAACAUUUCAUAAUCAUUUUAUAUAUAGGCCAACAUUGUAUUUUUCAAGGGCUUUUCUUGAGGGCAACCUCUUGACUUUUGACAGUUACCUUUUGGUUUCUGGGGGCCCCCUUUUUCAUUCUAACCAACUCAUUUAGUCAGUGAUGCAAUCACGUUGUAACACCACCGCUAUGCUCGUGUUGAUGCACUGUGUAUCCAAGCCCCCUACAGAAACAGAGUUAGAAGAAUUCAUCAAUAUCCUCAGUAAUUGCUCACACUCCACCAAACCUCCAUCCCACUGUGUUUAAAUUGACACAACUAGCACUAGUUAGCAACAGACUUUGUUUACAAACGACCUGAUGUGCCACAAAAUAAAUGCUUCACAUUUCUCCCUCUGCUUUUAUCAGCAACGCUGGUAAACCCAUACCCUCUGCUUAUUGACCCUGAUGCUGAAGGCCUGUAUUAAAUCUGCCAUUACCCUUCCCUACUCUAGGCUGCUCCUGUCUCUCAGUGGAACUGAAGUCCCACAUCCCUGCUCCUAUUCUGGUAAAUCAAGCCACAGGGGAGAACCAGAGCAGUUCCCCACAGUGUCCAUUUGGGACAGUGGCUUUUCUCUGACCGUUUUGUCCGUGGUGGAAUUUUCCCUGGUAUCUGGGGUAUUUUCCCUGGGGGCAGCACGGUGGCUCAGUGGUUGGCAUCGCUGCCUCACAGCACCAGGGACCCUGGUUCAAUUCCAGACUCGGGUGACUGUCUGUGUGGAGUUUGCACAUUCUCCCCGUGUCUGUGCGCGUUUCUUCCCACAGUCCAAAGAUGUGCAGGUUAGGUGGAUUGGCCAUGCUAAGUUCCCUAUGAUGUCCAAGGAUAUGCAGGCUAGCAGAGGCAAUGGCCUGGUGGUAUAACUGCUGGACUGUUAAUCCGUAGACCCAGAUAAUGCCCUGGUCACUGGGUUCAAAUCCUGCCAAAACAGAUGAUAGAAUUUGGAUUCAAUAAAUGUCUCAAAUUAAGAGUCUAAUGACUUUGAAUCCAUUGCUAAAUGUUGAAAAAACCCAUCUGGUUCACCAGUGUCCUUUAGGGAAGGAAACUGCCAUCCUUACCUGGUCUGGCCUACAUGUGACUCCAGACCCACAGCAACGUGGUUGGCUCUUAACUGCCCUCUGGGCAAUUAGGGAUGGGCAAUAAACGCUGCCUGGCCAGUGAUGCCCUCAUCCCAUGAAUAAAUAUGAAAAAAGGUGGGUCCGCCAUGGGAAAUGCAGGGUUAUGGGGACAGAGUAGGGGGAUGGAUAUGGGCGGGGUGCUCCCCAAAAGGUUGGUGUCAACUCAGUGGGCCGAAUGGCCUGCUUCCACACUGUCGGGAUUCUGUGAUCUGGGGAACUUUUAGGGCAAGCAUGUUCACCACCCCCAUCUAUUUUGUUCCUUGCUUUACAUAGUAUGUUGGCGGGAAAUGAUUGUGCAGGUUAAUUAUUUGCAUAAUGCCUUUUAAUAAGCAUAAGGAUCAAAAUUCAAAUUUUGCCAACGCCAUUGAUAAUAGUACAGAUCCAAAAUUACAAGAUAACUUUAGCACUUCCGUCUGCUCUGAACUGUUAACCAGAGAUUCCCCCAUACACUGAUAACCCAAAUGCACUCCCCCCCAAAUUUUUUAACCCUUCAGAAAAUGUAGUGGUUACAAUAACUUGCAUUUGAGUAGCGCCCUUAACCUAGCCAAAAGUUCCACUUUUACCUGAGUUGCAGUGUCAGCAAUUUUUUGGGUUUGCUUUUUUUAAAUGGCUUGUCGGUGCUAAUUAACGUCCCCAUUUCUAAAUCAAAGAACAGUACAACACAGGAAUGGGCCCUUCAACCCUCCAAGCCUGUGACCUUUUGCCUUUUCAUACAAAAACUGUCCUCACUGGGGUCCAUAUUCCCUCUCUUCCCUUCCUAUUCAGGUUUCUGUCCAGGUGCUUUGUGAGUGCUGCUAUUUUGUCUGUCUUCGCCACCACCUCCUGCUUCGCACAUCUCUUUUAAAGCUCCCCUUGCCCCUACUUUGAACUUGAGUUCGACUUUACAUUGAUAACAACGUCUCUUUGGCUGGACGGGAAAUUGGACUGGAGCAUUGUGGGAGGAAGGGUUCCGGUGGGACCAAUGCAGUGGGAGUUGAUGCUGGAUAUAUAAUCCGUGACUCGGGGAAUAUUUAACUUGGAGGAUGUUUUACCCUGUGUCUAAUCUAUGCUAUACCAGAUGUGAGCUACCAAAUGGACCAGAGUAGAGGGAGCUCAGAUACGCUUCCUUUGGAAUGCCUAGCCUAUCAGUACAGAAGCAGCUACCCUGUGGGAUUAACUUUACCUGGCAGUGAGUCAAGGAGCUGAUUCACUGGAAGGUUAGUCUAACCUAUUGCUAACUUGGGAAGUCGCCAAACUGAAACAACUGGGACCACUUUGAACACAAUACUAAUAUCAACCUCGUAAAAGUCACAAAGCACAAUCCAGUCUCAAGUAGCUGCCCUGAGAAGUUUUGUGACAUUUCCAGACAGCUGUUAGGGAUUUGCUCUUUGGGUGAAAGGUGAUUUCCCCAGGGCCCAAAAGGGGAGAUUUAGCUGAAUGAGUAGAUCCAGAGAUUGUCCGUUGGCCUCGUGAAGUCUCUCUAUCUAACGAUUAGCCUGGGCUGAAAGGCACAGGCGAGCUGGUUAGAGUAUGAGCUAUGUGAUCCUGUGUGAGGCGUGAGGUAUCAUCCCGUUGACCCUGUCCUUCCUUCAGUUGGGUUCAAGCAACAAGCUGUUGUUUAGAAUUUGGUGAGAUGUGUGGCCUUUUCUGAACCACACAAACAAAGCAAUGCUUGGCUUCCCUGGGUUCCUUCAAACUAAAACCAACGCUCUCCCUCUUCCAGACCUACUGGAGAAUUAUAUUGUGAGAAGUCCAUGAAGGGGAAAUCUCCCUUUCAGAGUGAAGCGGGAUUCAUGAAGAUGGGAUUACGGGCUGUUAGAGAGUUUGCAGAAGCUUGGGCCGGUCCACCAGACAUUUAGGCUCAAACAACUGAGUUUCUUCACUCAGAGAGUGGUAAGGGCGUAGAAUGCCUUGCCUGCCAAUGUAGUUAACUCGGUCACAUUAGGGGCAUUUAAACAGUCCUUGGAUAAACAUAUGGAUGAUAAUGGGAUAGUGUAGGGGGAGGGGCUUAGAUUAGUUCACAGGUCGGCGCAACAUUGAGGGCUGAAGGGCCUGUUCUGCGCAGUAUUGUUCUAUGUUCUAAUAAGGUCUGAUCAAGGUCUUGAAACUCGCAAAAGUCCCUGGAUGAGGCAGUAGUGAGACAGCGUCCUCAUGGCCGGGGGAGAACUAGAGGAUGCAGACUUAAAGUGUUUGGUUAGAAGAACCAAAGAGCAACACGAGAGGAUACCUCUGAAUGCAGCGUGUAGUUAGGAUCUGGAAUUCACUGCUGGAUCAUGUUGCAGAGGCUGGGGCUUUUGAAAGGACUUUGGUUUGAGUUACAGCUGAGGGGAAGAAAUCUCUAAGGUUUUGGUGUAAGGUUUUUGGAAGAAAUCUGUCAGGAGCUGCAGGAGUUGGACAGUUGCCCAACUUGCUUUCUCAGGGGGCUAGCACUGAAUUGAAGGACCGAAUGGCCUCAUUCAGUGCACCAACCGUUCUAUUGCCAAGGUCCGGCCCACUUCCCAGGUAUGGAGGAAAGCAGCGAGUGUACCAUCAGGCACCGGGUUCCCAGGCCACUGAGGGAUCUCGGGACUGAAGUUCAAAGCAACUAAUGCACACUCCGUCCCACUCUGCGCCAACAAUGCUCACUCCCACUGGGUGGGGGCUCAGGCUGACACCCACUUCCCCAAGACAUUGCCACAUUCCACCUGAGUCCUGGUGGUGUUCGCCUGCGGCAGGCCUUGUAGCGAUGUCUUCCCCUUCCUCACUUGACAUCUACGUACGCCCCCUCUUCCCAGAAUGAAUGACUGGACGUGUCCAGCAUUGGGAGCCCCCACCAUGGUCCUAUCCUCGGCCAAAGGCGAUGGUGGGGGGGGGGUGCAAUUGUACGCACUCGAAGGCCAAUAUUAACAAUUUCAGCUGAGACAUCGCAGACUGGUGGCCCAGUGGAGUCUCAAGGACUGGCAGCUUUGAAGCUAGUGCCCUCCAUUUCUUCCCUUCUGUCAUCGGCUUCAUGUGUUGAAGGUGGAGAUGCUUCUUCCCCUGCGAUAGAGAAACCAAGCAACUUAACAACUGGCUAUUGUGUGUGCUGGAGAAACAAGUUACAUGCUGCAAUCCUCUUUUCUGCUCUUGUAACCAAAACGCCAAACAGCUUAGACAGCUCCGAGAUAAUGGGAACUGCAGAUGCUGGAGAAUCCGAGAUGACAAAGCAUGGGGCUGGACGAACGCAGCAGGCCAAGCAGCAUCCCAGGAGCACAAAAGCUGACGUUUCGGGCCUGGACCCUUCAGAUCCGGUGGGUGGGGGAGGUCUUUACGACCUCCAAGUGUUCACAGCGAUAAAGGAUAAAUAACUCUUGAGUCUUAACAAGAGGCACUUGUUUUAACCACAACGUGUACUUUAUUGCACGAUUGGCUAGAUACGAGGUACAUAGUGCGAGUAAUUAUUUGUAACUAGCAAAUCAGGGAUGACAUGCCUGACCGCACAGAAUCUGGUGCUCGAUUCCACCUUCUCCUGAUUGGAAGAUUGGUUGGUUUUUGACUUGUCUCCGGUUGUGACCUCGAUGGAACCCAUAAACGAUUGUUCCAUUGGAUGGCCUUUCCUUUCUGUGUGUUCUUUGUGGUAGUCCAUAUACUUGGAGAACCCUUACCCUCCCUUUGCAAAGGACCUCCUUCUUGGGGUUCUGUCACAUGGACAGCCAUGGGUUUUAUCUGCUCAAGCUCAGUCUCAGGUGACUGCUAGGUUUUGAACCACACAACAGGACGGUGAAAUAGGGGAAGGUGAGAACAGUUUGAUGUGUGGAUUAAGUGUGUCACACCGAUCCUUAUGUAGAUAAUUAAAAAAUACAGAACCAGCUCUUCCAGACAGGCCUGAGACUCCUCCUGGCCUCCAUCAUCUUAACCAAGCAACAUAUCCUGCCUGGCUAUGUAUCAUGUGAUUCUCCAUGUUCCUUCCUGAAUAGGGUGGCACAGUGGCUCAGUGGUUAGCACUGCAGCCUCACAGCGCCAGGGACCUGGGUUCGAUUCCAGCCUCAGGUGACUGUCUGUGUGGAGUUUGCACAUUCUCCCCGUGUCUGUGUGGGUUUCCUCCCACAGUCCAAAGAUGUUUAGGCUAGGUGGAUCAGCCAUGCUGAAUUGCCUGUCAUAUUCAGGGGUGUGUGGGUUAUAGGGGGAUGGGUCUGGGUGGGAUGCUUCAAGGGGUGGUGUGGACUUGUUGGGCCGAAGGGCCUGUUUCCACACUGCAGGGAAUCAAAUACAUUGAUGUUCCUCAGCCCGACUAUUUCUUUGGCUACAUGAUCCUUGUUCUACAUUCUGAAGUUCCUCUGCAAUUUCUUGUUGGAUUUUGUCUGAUGUUUAUAACUCCCUGAUUCCUCCUUAUGUGGAAAUAUUGUCGCCAUGGUGACCGUAUCAACGUCUCCGUCACACGGCCAGGAGACUUCACGGUUUCUGAAGGAACAACAGCUUGCUCAGUCUUUCCCAAUAUGCAUCACUUCACGUGUUAAAACUUAGGGAACGCUAGUGCCCUUUCUCCACAAUGCUCCCAUGUUGCUGGUUGAUUUAGAAUCGCGUAUGGCCCUCUCAAGCAGUUGACUGCAAUUGCACCUGUACAGCCUGGUUCGACAAGAUCCACGAUCUCAGGUGGUUUACGGUGACCCUGGUUAUACCGCAGGGAUUCCCGUUGGAAAUGUGUGCCUGUGUGAGCACACAUGGAAAUUGCGGAGACACAAUUUGAUGAGAUCUGGCCUGUGCUGUUGAAUCAUGGCGCUGGUCCGGGGGCCCCGAGGUCCAUGGGCAGUCUGUCCAAGAGAACAGCUGAGCGAAGUAAACUGGUAAAUGGAGGGAAACCUGAGUGAAUCACAUUCCUGGAAUCAUAGAACCCCUGUAGCGUGGGAAGAGGUCAUUCAGCCAAUUGAGUCUGCACCGACCCUCUGAAGGGUCAUUCAUUCCUGUGGUCAGCAUUGCGCAGUCUCUCUGGGGAUCAGAGUACAAGCAUCAGCCAGGAUUACCCUCCUCAGAUAAUUAUAUAGCAGUCCGAAGGCUGUCUGCGGAAAAGGUGGCUGUCGUCAUUUCUGGGCUUACCUCGAGAAGGACCGAGUGUUGUAAUGCGAGUAGGAGCUUUAUGUCAAACAGUGUAUAUUGCUGGAUAUAGUGAACAGCUGUAUAAAGGUCAUAUUACAAACUGUCUGUAGCUUUAUCCUGUUCUGUUUAUACAAUCUUAA